AUGUCUCUUGUAGGUGGCGGCCUGGCCAGAGGCUCGGCUCAGCUCUGAGAACAAGAUGCGGCUCGUCGCCCUGGUGGUCACAGCGGCCCUUGCCGCCACUGACGGCGCUGCCCAGCAGGACUCCUGUGAGUGUCUCCAGUGGACUCCGUGGGUGAACGCCGACCAGGUGGACUCGGACGGCGGCGACUUUGAGACGCUGGGCUACAACGUCGCCUCGGAGGGCGGCUGGCCGGGCCGGGUGACCCGCCAGCUGGCCCGGCAGGGAGUCGUCUGUAACACUCCCGUCCGGGUGGAGUGCCGUCACGCGCGCUCCCAGAGACCCUGGUUCGAGGCAGAAGAUGACACGGUGUUCCCGCGGCGGAUCAACUGCGAGCUGAGGGACGGACUCGUCUGCAGAGACUCCGAACAGGCCGACGGACGCUGUCAGGACUAUGAGGUCCGUCUGCUCUGCUGGACGGACAGGUGCGACCAGCUACGCUGGGGCGAGUGGCUGGACAGGGAUAACCCCGGAGGAUCCUGUGACUGCGAGCACCCCGGCUGGGCCGACCACCCGGUCCGCAACGUCCCUGCCUGUCCCGACGGUGGCAGCCCCCUGGAAGUUGACUGCCGAACUACGGCCGGUAUUCAUGCCGCACUUAGCUCCAACCGGGCCGUGACCUGCAGCGUGGACGGCGGCUUCAGCUGCUGGAAUUCAGCGCAGACUGACGGCACCAGCUGUCUCGACUACAAGGUCCGCUACCUGUGCGGAAACCCGGCACCCUGAGAGCGCCGCCGAUCUAAUGACGUCACUGAAAAUCCACUACGCGAUCGGUCGAUACGUCGGUGGUACUGGAAAACGACAGAGCCCAUGUCUCUGACUUUGCUUGUUCAGCUCCCUGGACAGCAAAAUAUGGCACUGAUCAGAAACGUUAAUUGGCAUCUAACGUACCGUGCAUGGUAUUUAUGUUCAUCAUAACGCAAGCACGUGUUUUACAUUCUCUUGGUGAAAGAACAAAUGCACGACAGGCUUAUUAAGAAUUAUCUACUUCCGGCCUGCCUUUGGGAGAUAUGGUAUAUUGUUCUGUUUCUGCGUUUACGGUUGAUCUGUCACAAAAAAACUCUGUUUUAUUACCGCUGUUGGUCUUUUUUGGCGUGUGUGCGGUGCGGUGUGUGCAGAAAUAUAUAAAGCAUUUCCGG